GCCAUGGAAUCCUCUCCUUCAUUGUGGGUAAACGCUUGAAUUCACACCAAGCUUCGUUCGUUCACUUCUCUCGUGUCCGAUUCACACUCUCUCAACACAUCCACGUAUUCUGCCAAUUCGUUUCUUUUACUGCCCGGCUGCAGAUUCUUUUUGCGUUUUUGGGUGCAUAACGUGUAUGCAAAUCUGCCCCUGUACGCCGUCCCUCUUUCUCAAAUCCUCCUUGUGGUUGCACUUUCGGGGGCAUUUUUUUUCCCCACGGGUAUUCUUCCUCUUCUUGCUUGACGAUACCGUCACCCUUUUCCCCUAUUCUUUUUCUCUUCUUUCUUCUUCUUACCCAGCCUUUGUAUCCCAAGGACACACACAUCACACUCAUUCAACACCUCCGUGUCGACACGAAAGUCCGGAGAUUUAGUGGCGGAUUUCUCUACCAGGUAAAUCCGAAGUUGCUGGUCGACCACACGUUCCUCCGUCCGACCACCAAAUAUCUCGACUGGGCUCGACUGUCCGACCGCACCGUCAUUCCUUUCUUUCCCACGGGGAAACAGCGAAAGGCCUAAAGCGACCUUGACGCUAACAGACGCCGGCCGUCGACUCUCAUCACGAUACACCAUACUUUUUAUUGUUAUUACCGGCCAUUGAGGAGAAACAGUACAGAGGACAUUGAAGCCAAAGAGGCGUGGGGCGCGUCCACCUUCGCGGGGAGAAAGAGAUUGUUGGGCAAUCACCGGCCUCGUAGCGGACGAUCGCGAACGAUUUCGAUACCGACCGACGAACCUCUCACUUUUUCACGAUGGCGAACAAGAUUCUCGUGGCGUACAUCUUCGCCGACUUCCUCUUUGUCCUUAUGGGCGCCCUGAUGCUGGGCUUCUCGAUAGUUGUCGGCAAUGUCAGGGACGAAGUUCCUACGGAGGGCAACCAGGCCGCUCGGAAUUUGUUAUACCAAAAAUUUCCGUUGACGGCAGGGAUAGUCAAUGCCAUCUUCAUCUUCAUUACUUUCCUCCUGACUAUCCCGGCACUCAGCACACCUGCCCGCGGCUGGCUGAAGAUGUCGGGUUACCUCGUCGUCGUGAACGCCCUUUUCAGCCUCGUCAUUGGUCUGUUCCUUUGGAUCAUGACCCUCAAGACCAGGGACGACCUUUUCCCUAUCUGGGUCCAGCAAACCCCCCAGGUCCAGUCGCUCAUGGAGGUUUCGUUCAAGUGCUGUGGCUACUACAAUAGUACCGCGCCCGCAUUCGUCACCAACCAGGUCUGCCCUAGCCCAGCAGCUUCAGCCUUGAUGCGCGGCUGCGCAACCCCCAUCACUAGCUUCGCCAACGUCUUCGUUGACAACAUCUUUACUGGUGUUUUCGGCAUGUGUGGUAUCGAUGGUCUCCUGGUUAUCGCUACUGCCUGUCUGCUGAAGGACCGUAAGGAGCAAGAACGCUUCCGCCACAUCGACCAGAAGACCGGCCCGAUGAGCACUCUGUGAGCGUCUUGAAUCGCCACCGGCACGAUUCAAAGUCGCGAUGCCAUCGGCCUCCCAAUUCUGUGACAUCCCACGGGCCCGCCUGAGUGGCCCCUGGGCCACCUGGCGUGACUCGCUUGGGAACAAGAUAGCGAAUCUGCGGUUGCAUCACCUUUCCAACUUUAUGUCUUGAUGUAUUUAGCGGUCAUGUGGGAGGCUCUCGGCAUUGCAUCUUAGUUUUUUUUUUUUUUUUUUCUCUUUUUUUUCUCUUUUUUUUCUCUUUUUUUUUCUUUCUUUUUUUCUUCUAUCUCGAAGCAAACGCUUCCAAUGUUCAAUACUCAGUCAGGUGAUUGUUUCUUCGCGGACAUUUUCGGGGCUGAGCGUCCCAUUUCGCCCCAGUCGAUCUUUACCGCAUAUGUUCACUCAACACACUCUACCAGCGAGGUUUUUGAGAUUUUCGUCGCUAUCAUUCCCCAUUGUAUAGAUUUUAUCCUGUUGUAUAUACCGUAGUAUCUGUCUGACCUGAGUUGAAAAGCUAUGUCUAGAAAGUGUCUUCUCGAGCUGUUUAUGAUCUCAGGAUUUGGUGGAAUUAAGAGACCACUUAUCUGUGGAUCAAGACUCCGCACCGUUCACUAUCUUGUGUUCAAUUAAUUUGGCAGCUUAAAAAGACAUGUCUCGGGGAGAUUUUUUAAUGUUGCAUCUCAUUUGGGAAAUCUUAUUCCAAGCUGUUUCGGAUGGUGAACUCGAAGUGUGAACGAUGGUGUAAGACACUCGAGGGAUUGCAUUCGGUCCAUGGUAUCCAAUUAUUUAGCCGCCUG